GCUCCGGAUACGCGCCAGGGUUGGUGCGGCCCCGGGGCUGCCGCGGAGCGGCGCUAUGAAGGACAUCCGCGCCCCCGGGCUCGGGGCGGUGCUCGGCCCGGCUCCCCGCGCAGGUGUGCGGGGUCUGGCGGAGCUGUGCUGCCCCGAGGGGCUGGCGCAGCAUCGCGCUGCUUGGCGUCUGCUGUCCGUGUGUGUUGGUGCGGUUGCGGGAAGGGGCUUCGUUUAGAGAUGCAGGGCCCUGCGUUAUUCGUCUGUCUUUUCCCAUCCCUCGUGUUUCAUGGCCUCGUUAGCGCUCUAGCUGGGCUGCUAAAGGCAGACGAACCCGGGCCUGUUUGCUGUGAGAACUGACACCGAGAAAUGGUGCCGAGACCGAGAUUUGGGGGAGGGAGAGCGGUAUCUAUUAAGCAUACUGUGUUUUCUCUCUUUGCACACCUCUGUGUGCCAAGGCACUUUUAUGUUGUUCUAAGUCUGUGUUACGACUGUUUGAAAUUACAGAUGGAUGUGUGCACAGCUGGAUUUUAUAGGUCACAGAAGAACAAAAACACGCAGCAUGAUUUUAGCGGAUAGUUCUGGGAGCUUGGACAUAAAUGGCAUGAAGUCCAGCACGUAUUCUGUAUGAAACCUCGCUUACUGUUGCGGCUCUAUGGGUGGAGGGCAACCUGCCUUCCUGCUGACCAGUGUCCUGGUUUCAGGCCCUCUGGAAUAUGCAUAUGUAUUUCCCCUCACAUUGUGUGCAGCCUCCUUUGUUUCAUUUCUGUCCUUCCAGAACUCUUGUGUAGAAAUUAUGUACAGAAGGCUGAUGCUAACUGCUGUAAAGAUCGGGAAGGGUUUGGGGUGGUGACAAUAAGAGCGGUAGAUGAGGGCUGUGAAACCUCUGGUUUACUUGCUAGUGUGGUAAUUAUGUGUUCUUUGUGGAAGAGAGGGGAUCAGAUAAGGUGCAGCUGUUUUGUUCAUGUAAACUGAACUGUGUUCUUGCUAUGCGCUUCUGACAGGUACUUCAGAUUUCAGUGGGGGGAGGCUUUUUUCCCCCCUUGUUAUUGAAAUCCACCGUAAGAGGUACUGCUCUGGGCUCUGUAGUCAGCAGCUUGACCUUCAGAUAGCUGUGAGCUUUCUGAUCUUAGUUUGCUGACUGUUUCUGCCUGAACCUGCAAGUCGUGCCACCGCUGCCACAUCCUUCUCAGGGGCAGGAUUCUAUUUGGAAGUUCAAUAACUUAUGUUCAGGACUGAGGGACUAAAUGGAGACCUGCAUAUUGACAAAGUGAUUAACUUAGGCACAAAAUUGCAUCAUUGCUUUGAUAUCAUCUGUAAAGAAGUGCUGGGCUCAUUCUUGGCUGAGUUGAUGGUUUUAAUCCAUUACCUGCUGUUGUGUAGAUGGAAAUGAAAUCAUGCUUGGGUCAUCUCAGCUUUUAUAUGUGCGGUGUUGCUAUCUUCCAGCUUCCUUUAACCCCUUUUUCUCUUACAGUUUCAUCAGUGAGUGAGCACUCUGGGUUGUCUGGUUGUGUGGCACCACUGGAUGUGGAACAGGGUGUUUAUGUACAAGAUAUUAAUUCUCCUCUGCCUUCUGCUUUGUGCCUAGGUGACUGCCAGCUGCAAGCACCUUGUCGAAUCCAAAAGUGCACCUCUGAUUUUGUUUCCUUAACUUCACAUCUAAACUCGGCUCUCGAUGGCUUUGACUUGGAGUUCUGCAAAGCCCUGCGAGCAUACUCUGCCUGCACCUAUCGCAACUCCAAAGUAUGCCGUGGAAACCUGGUCUACCAUUCUGCAGUGCUGGGGAUCAGCGACCUCAUGAGCCAGAGGAACUGUUCCAAGGAUGGCCCCACAUCCUCCACCAACCCCGAAGUGACCCACGAUCCCUGCAAUUACAGUGGCCACACAGAAGCCAACGAACACCAAGGAGGGGAGAAAGCUAUCCCUACUUACCUAUUUUGUGGCUUGUUUGGUGAUCCUCAUCUGAGGACUUUUAAGGAUCACUUCCAGACCUGUAAAGUGGAAGGUGCUUGGCCUCUCAUAGACAAUAACUACUUAACAGUGCAAGUGACGAAUGUUCCUGUGGUCCCAGGAUCCAGUGCUACUGCUACAAAUAAGAUAACUAUUAUCUUUAAAUCAUACCAACACUGCACAGAUCAGAAAGUAUAUCAAGCAGUGUCUGAUGACUUGCCUGCAGCUUUUGUUGAUGGUACAACAGGUGGAGGUGAUGGGAACACCAAGAGCUUGCAGAUUGUGGAUAAAGUCAGCGGCAAAUACGUCGAAAUGCAUGCCAGAUACAUCGGGACAACAGUGUAUAUACGUCAGCUCGGGCACUACUUAACACUGGCCAUUCGCAUGCCUCAAGAAUUGGCCAUGGCCUAUGAGGAGAGUCAAGAUCUGCAGCUGUGUGUGAACGGCUGCCCUUCAAGUGAGCGCAUUGAUGACAGUGGCCACUUGCCAUUGCCUGUGAGAGGACAGGUUCUCCCUCAGGCAGGCGCUGCUCGUCCGUGGUCAGCAUACACACUGGAAACUGCCACCGCCAAAUGCCAUGAGAAGAUGCUGGUGAAGGACAUCUAUUUUUACUCAUGUGUGUUUGACCUCCUCACCACUGGCGAUGCUAACUUCACGGCUGCCGCUCACAGUGCCUUGCAGGAUGUGGAGGCACUGCACCCCAGAAAAGAGCGCUGGCAUAUCUUUCCCAGCAGUGGAGAUGGUGGUGUUGGCAAAGGUAGCAAAUCCUUUGUCAGUGUUGGACUUGCGUGCUUGAUCCUUGUUGCAUUUUUUUAGGGUUUUUGUUUUGUUUUUGUCUCUAACAAAGUUUUGAAAUAUAUAUUGUCAUAAUAUAUUGAGUAAAGAUGAGUAUAUAUGUAUAUACCAUGUAUAUGAAGGGAUGUUUUGUCUUGGGACGUCCACCAGAUUGUACAUAUUGUGUUAACUGUUCUAUGUAUGUUGGAUGUCGUAUUCUUUGUAUCUGUUUGUUUUACAGUCAGUGAAAUGUUUUAUAAUGUCCUUGCAUUGGGACCUGAUAGAAAGCACUUUAUUUUUUAUAUAUUAAAUAUUUGUGUGUAGCUGAGUAACUGUGUAUUAUACAUAUAAACAUGUACCUACAGUACUCUGCCUAGGUACUGCUUAGUUAAACAAAUUUUUUUACUGUAUUAAUUAAUGGGGAUAUUUUCUACGCUUACUGUAGAGACAGCACUUCUCUUGUCCUGUAAUUAUGUAUGUAAUUUCCUGGUAGCUUUUUAGAGCCGUGGGAGAGACUAUGCUGAAAGAUUCUAAUGGUCUUUGUGUUAGGGUGUAAGAUUUCCUUUUCAAAGUUACUACCACAGCUGAUUCUGCUCUGAAAGGUUAACUCAUUAUGGGAGAUGGUCAUGGAGAAGUCACAUGCCUGAAUUCUGUCUCCUUUCGUAGGUGUUAAUUACAUCAACACGUUAAAAUAAGGGAGAGGAGUGAGGGCCCCAGUUCUGACUGCGGUUACUGAGGAGCUAUAGGAACAAUGAUUCUGUGGCUUAAAGGCUGGUAUUAUGUGAUGCCUCAGUCUGCUCCAAGAAACGGAAGCCUUAUUGUGUGCUGCAGUACUCCAACUCCAGGACAGGCUUGUUUCACUCCUGAAGCUGUUCAUCUGAGGCUAGUUAAACUUGCUCUUUGAACAAGAUCAAUUAGUGUUUGCCUUUCUUAAAGAACUUGUACUGUUGUUUGCCUUAGUGGAUUGAGAUGUAGUUUAUUCAAGGAACAAGAACUUGGAGUUUUUAUGAAGUUUGUUCUGUCCGGGUUAGAGACUGUUUGCUCAUAGGAGCAGCAGUAAUCUUCAGAAGGAAACUUACCAAUUCCGUAUUGGAUGUGUAACCACAGGCAGGUGUUGUUCUCAAGGAAAUUCUUGAGAUGAACAUAGAACUGAGUUAAGGCAGAAGGUUUAAAUAAAAAAUUCUUCUGAUCUAGACUGACCGGCAGCUUGUUCUGUCAGUCAAACUAGAUGAUGGUGCUGUUUGAGGUGACUUAGAUUUAGGGAUUUGUGCUGUGUCUGAUUAUGUGAUUUUUCCCAAGUUUCUCCUGAUGGUGACAGGGUUCUCCCUGUUCUGUGUGGCAGAGCAUCCUUAUCUCUGCUCUGAAUUUAAAGGGCGCGUGGCUGAAAAUUGAUGGACAAGCCUGGCAUUGCUGCAGUGAUGCACAAAAUACUUGGGCAGACUCUGCAUUCCGUUUAAUUUCCACUGCCCCUGGAUCCAGCGUGUAUAUACAUAUACAACAGAUAUGUAUACGUGCAUUAAAUUGUGAUCCUUUCAGAUAAAUAACAUUUCAGAAAUGUAGUACUUCCCCUGAAGAGUUUUCCGUUUUCUUGUUCCUGCUGUGGGAUUUCUUGAGAAAAUGUUAUUUGCACAUGUUCAUUCUUGAAGUCUGCCAUUGCCAAGAGAGCUUUAGCUAAUGCCAAAUGUGGAUAUUUUGAAGCUAGUGAAUGGUCUCUGGAGAAAACUUAAGCUUAGAGGGAACAGUGGUUUUUUCACACACGCUCCAAAUGGCUGUCUUUUAGAAGGCUGCAGAUUUUAUUUUCAUGCUUGGAAACCCUAAAAUGUGUCAGUCUUUUCAAAAACGUUUAGAUGUGGUUCAUGAAUAUACCAGUAAGUAUAUGUUAGUGUAAAAGAGUGGCUGUGCAGUGUGUAAAUACUUUAAAUUAUUAUGAUAGAAGAAUAAAGUUAACCUACCUUGGUGAGGAGCGUCUGUAGUGUGGUGUUAGUGACCCCUGGUGGGGUGCAGGGAAACUGGGGAUAUGAGUUAUCCACAGGGUGAGCAGUCUGUAAUUGAGGCCCCAAUUUGUUUCCUAGCCAUUGCUUGUUGUGUAGGAACGUGCUGAGGACCACUGCUGUAUUAUCUUGAGAUGCUUGUUUCCCCUCUGCUAAAGAUGCAUAGUGAAGUCUGUGGCCAGCAGCUGCAAACCAGGCCAGUAUAUUGAGGAUGCUGUGUGUGGGUAACCCAACAGUAGGAACUACCUUUUCAGAACCCCACUGGCACAAUUCCUUUUGCAGUGACUGGGGGAGAUGCUUAGAAGAACUUUAGCAGGUUACAGAGGCCCCGGUGCUGUGCCCACCCUGAAGAGUAUAAUGAUGAAAAUCCUUCUUUAAAGUUAUUGGGAAAUUCUUAGACCAGAAUAACCUCCAUAGAGGAACUUGAGGCAUCGAAAGAACAAGUGGUACAGAAGAAUCCAUACAAUAACAUUUUGUAUCAUGAUGAUAAGGAUACAUGAUAGCUGUGAUAUUCAACUGGAAUGGUAAUCACAGUGUGGAAAGGAAAACUGGAAACAAGGCUCAAAAGUUAUAUCAAACAGUGAGAGUGGUAGGCCUAAUAAACACGAUUGAUUGUUAUUUUGUGAGGCUUCUGUUAUGGCUAGAAGUAUAGAUGUGGGGGAACAGUCUUACGUGGUAGAUAAUGCAUCACUGAAAUGCUUUGUGGAAACAAAUGGCUGUAGGAAGCAACAUGAGCUCUAAAUGUGCUUAUGUUAAGUGCCCAUGAAAGAAGGCUGUUGUAGCUGUAAGAACUUACUUUCAGUGUGAUGAUCCACCACCACAAGCUCUGCUGAAAGUAAUACAGCUUUAUCAUCAGUAACGUAAUGCAGCAGCUAGUAAGCUAUUUCUAAAUGUCUUUAAAAUGUUAGCUGAUUACAUGUAUGUUAGUGGUUAAUUCAAAAGAUUGUUUUAAGGCUCUUCUAGGGUAUUUCUGAUAAGAGUUUUAAUCUUCUAAUGUUUGCUAACAGAGCUCUUGGCAGCUGAGGAUAGUUCUCUGUAGCUGUGGUGACUGAUAACCUCCCUUGGAAGCAUGUCACGGAACUGAGCAGAGUACCAGGUGCUUAAUCCUUCGUUUUGUGUGUAUGUAUGGCUUCUGAAGGAGGCUGCCCUCACAAAGGGAAAUGGUACACUAAGCUGACAGUCCAAACAAAGGUUCUCUUUUCUGUCUCACAUUUCACUUCCUGCAAAACCUGACUGGAAGAGCAGUCUGCACAGAGUACCGGUUAAAUGGGAUACAACCUGGAGGAGUGCAGUGCGAGAGAACGAUCCAUCUUUCGUUCUUGUGGUCACGCUGGGGCCCUUCAGUAUCCAAGCACAUCAGUUCAUUUCCUUUGAAACUGCUGCUCUCCUGCCAGAGAACAGAUCUUCACCUACUUAAGUCUUAGUAUUGUCAAUACCAUGCAUUUGUUUUAUGGAUUUUGGGGAUGUGGAAGUAGCUGUUUCCUGAGAUACACCCUGAGUGAAGCUAGUAAUGUUGCAAGCUUUGCUCCACCUAAUGAGUGUCUCAUGAGGGGAUGCAUUUAGGAAAAUAAACUAAAUAAACAUGUGGCUUUCCUCUCUUUCGUGACAGCCAUUGCACAGUUUCAUUUUUUGCAUUCAUCACAAUGAGUAUAUGAGUAUAGCUGAAAUUUUGCAGUGAAGAUUUCAUGCUUCGGGAUAUUAAAAUUCCUCUAUGUGUCUAGACUGUUACAAAGUGUUCUCUUUCCCUGUUCUGUCUGUUCCCCGUUCUACAGCUAUUAAAGACUGCUAUCGAUACAAAGCCUAGGUAUGACUAGUAGUGACUCCUUUGUUAAUGGUGUUCUCUGUUGUGGUUUGCAAGAUUAGCUUUCUCUGUCUCAUGCUGCUAGUUCUUCUCAACUGUAUUUAAAAAACAAUUGAGGAUUACGUGGGCCAAUGUUGUUCAUUAGAUUUUAUCAUUCUUAUUCAUUAGCCUGCUUUCAGAGCAGCAUAGCUACAAAUCAAGUACAGGUAAGCAGUUAAAUUAAUGAUGUUGGUAGAAAAUGCUUCUGAUCUGAUUCAGAAUUAUUUUAAUCUGGCUACGUUUGUAAAUUACACUUCAUUGAAAUUAAAACCUGCUCAUUAGUAAAUCAA